AUUUUGAUCCUCAGCAUCUUCUGACUCGGGCAGCUAACAGUCGGGACAACAGGAAAUUGCUGAUCUGUACGUCCUCCAAAAUGCAUUCCAGGAACUGUCCGUCUACAAAACAAAGUUAAACGUAUCAAACCAUUGUCUAAACUUCUUGCAUAUACUCUUGCAUAUAAAUGGAGGUUGCCAAAUGGAGAGCAGUUUCCAGUUUUAUAACAGUGGCAUUUACUAUACAGAUUUGCUUUAGCCAACACUGGUCACAUGGCUGGAUGCCAAGUGGGAAAAGAGAGACUACAAACACCGUAGAACCAUAUCAAGAGGCAGUUACUAAUGAGGAGACAAUAAACUGUUGCCCAGAAGUGGAACCUCCAUAUUAUGUACCACAAGAAGAACAGGAGCCAGAAUUGUUGGUCGAUAUAAGUGCCAGAAAACUUCAGGAAGAAUGGAUAAGCCCGUCUGAUGAAGAAAACUACAAUGAAUGAUAGAUGCAUUAGAAAGCUAAGCUCCGUCUUUGAGCAAGGUUCAACAACUUAUCACUGUCAAAAACACAAAUAGCUGCAACAGUUAGAAAAUUCAAAAAGGCAAACUAUAUAAAAUAAAAAUAAUGAAAAAAUGGACCAAGGAGCUUGAGUAUUAUUAUUAUUACUUCUAAUGUCUUCUCAAAAAAACAGCAGUACAUUUAGAUUGGAAUAUGAAAUCAUUGUUUAUAGGAACCAUAAGUGAUCGGAUGUGAUUUGAAAAAGAAAAAUCAAUUACUUUUAGUUCUGUACCUGUUGUAGUUAACACAAAUAAAGUCUGCUGCCAUUGUUCUUGCA